AUUAAGUAAAAAUUAUAUUGUAGUUAGUUUAUAAUAAGGAGUUCACUACGUGUGUAUGGAUAGACAUGGAAUUAUGUGGAGCUCAGACGCUGCGACUCUCAUCGCCCAAUUUCAAAAUCCUUCAUUUGGUGAGGCAUGCACAAGGAAUCCACAAUGUAGCAUUAGAAGAGCAAGGAGAGAAACCUGAAUCAGAAAAGCUUUUUGAUGCCCACCUCUCUCCAAAGGGUUUGCAACAGGUUUCUGAAAGGCGCAAGAAAAUCCUUGAAUUAGGGUUGUUAGACACUAUCGAGUUGGUGAUUACCUCAACUCUACGCCGAACAAUGGAAACUUCAGUAGGACUAUUUAGGGAACAAGAAGAUAUCAAUAUACCCAACAACCUCCCUCCAAUUGUAGCACUUGACAUUUGUAGAGAACGCAUGGGACUCUAUCCGUGUGAUCGUAGAGCAAGUAUAAGUACUCACCGCAUUUGUUUUCCUGACAUCGACUUUACAGAGAUAAAGAGUGAUGAAGAUGCUGGAUGGAAAGAUAAGGAAAGGGAAACACUAGAAGAGGUUGUUACUAGAGGUCUUCGCUUUUUAACAUGGUUAAGGGAGAGACCAGAAAAAGAAAUAGCAAUUGUAAGCCACGGGAUUUUCUUGCAACAAACACUUCUUGCGCUGCAUGAAAGGCGUGGCAUGCCUCUUCAAGAUGCUCACCUUACAAGGUUUGCCAAUUGUGAACUCCGGACAAUUCGGAUAGAGAAGAGGUACGUAACUAAAGUUAGCUUAGUUUACCCAACAAAAAAAGAAGAAGCUAAAUUAAGUAGCUAAUGUUAGCUUUAGGAAAUAGAAGGACAUUUUUACAAGUAGUCUUGUGUUCUAAUAACGUUUUAAUUAAGUGCAGUUACAUGGAAUAGUGGAUACAUUAACGAAUAACGACGACUUGUAAUUGUAGAAACUAGCUACGUUUCCUUCAACUUCUAUUCACACGCUUGAAUAUAAAAGGCAAACUGAACUGUACGUGUUUUCUUUUUCCAAAGCCACACAAACAUAUGACGUCGUCCAUAGAAGAUCGAAGCUGAUAUCCCAUUACCAAGCCCUACCACUACUAAUGUAUUGUUGAUUUUUUUUCUAUAGAUCUUUAAUUAUAUA